CGCCCUACAUCGCGCGCCCGGCUGAGGGGGCUCAGUCCGCUGCCGCUGCCACCACCACCACCGCUGCUGUCGCCGCCGCGCUUCGGUCUUGGUGCAGGUAGUGGCAGCCUCCUGGACAGCUGCGCUGCCGAGCAUCCCUAGGCAGCACGUUGGAAGUCAUUGACAACUACACCCAGCCCUUGCCAAAUACAUCGCAUUGUACACACAUCCAGUGUGAGGUCCCUCCAGGUACAAGGUGGGCACCAUGGCUGAGAAGUUUGACUGCCACUACUGCAGGGACCCCCUGCAGGGGAAGAAGUAUGUGGAGAAGGAUGGCCACCACUGCUGCCUGAAGUGCUUUGACAAGUUCUGUGCCAACACCUGCGUGGAAUGUCGCAAGCCCAUUGGUGCAGACUCCAAGGAGGUGCACUAUAAGAACCGCUAUUGGCACGACACCUGCUUCCACUGUGCCAAGUGCCUGCACCCUUUGGCAAACGAGACCUUUGUAUCCAAGGACAACAAGAUCCUAUGCAACAAGUGUACCACACGGGAGGAUUCCCCCAAGUGCAAGGGCUGCUUCAAGCCAAUUGUGGCAGGAGAUCAGAACGUGGAGUACAAGAAGACCGUCUGGCACAAAGACUGUUUUACCUGCAGCAACUGCAAGCAAGUCAUUGGGACUGGAAGCUUCUUCCCUAAAGGGGAAGACUUCUACUGCGUGACUUGCCAUGAGGCCAAAUUUGCCAAGCAUUGCGUGAAGUGCAACAAGGCCAUCACAUCUGGAGGAAUCACUUACCAGGAUCAGCCCUGGCAUGCCGAGUGCUUUGUGUGUGUUACCUGCUCUAAGAAGCUGGCUGGGCAGCGUUUCACCGCUGUGGAGGACCAGUAUUACUGCGUGGAUUGCUACAAGAACUUUGUGGCCAAGAAGUGUGCUGGAUGCAAGAACCCCAUCACUGGGAAAAGGACUGUGUCAAGAGUGAGCCACCCAGUCUCUAAAGCUAGGAAGCCCCCAGUGUGCCACGGGAAACGCUUGCCUCUCACCCUGUUUCCCAGCGCCAACCUCCGGGGCAGGCAUCCGGGUGGAGAGAGGACUUGUCCCUCGUGGGUGGUGGUUCUUUAUAGAAAAAAUCGAAGCUUAGCAGCUCCUCGAGGCCCGGGUUUGGUAAAGGCUCCAGUGUGGUGGCCUAUGAAGGACAAUCCUGGCACGACUACUGCUUCCACUGCAAAAAGUGCUCCGUGAAUUUGGCCAACAAGCGCUUUGUUUUCCAUCAGGAACAAGUGUAUUGCCCCGACUGUGCCAAAAAGCUGUAAAGUGACAGGGGCCCCUGUCCUGUAAAAUGGAAUUGAAUCUUGUUGUUUGUGUCCUCACCCUCUGCCCUACACCAUCCAUAGGGAAAGAGUGGCCUUUCACUUCUUCAAAGUUGUUCUUUCUGUCUUUUCUCCCAUUUUACAGUAUUACUCAAAUAAGGGCACACAGUGAUCAUACUAGGAUGUAGCAAAAAGUAACUCCUCAGCGAAGUUAAUUUUGCGAUGGCUGCAGUUAAAAAACAAACUUAGAUAGAUCUACUCUUCUGCAUGUUUAUCAUAGAGCAGAAAAGUGCUAACCAUUUAGCUGCUUAGUGAUGUAAGCAAGAAGCCUAAGAGAUAAAGCUCCCACUGAGGUGCCCUUCGUGACUCAGCUGGGACCCACUGCCAUCACACAAUACAAAGAGUUGCAGCGGCUGCUCCAACUCACUGCUCACCCUCUUUUGUGAGCAGAAAGAGAACUUACUGAAGUGCAUGGUUUCACUUCCUCAUCAAAACCUUCCUUCUGUUCUUUUGUGCUUUUGAUUGACUAAUACAAAUUUCUAGAAAUUAACAUUUGAACUUAGCUGUGAUUCUAAACUGACCUUUUUACCUGUACUAAUAUUUGAGUUCCCCGUGUGCCGUGUUUUCUGAGCGUUCCUACUGCCAAGCAUGGAACAUGCAGGUGAUUUGGAAAGUGUAGGCAGAUCUGAGAAAACGAGCCUGUUUCAGAGGAAUAUCAUCACCAUGAAUACUUCUGGAAGUUUAACAAAACUAACCCACCUGUCGUUUUUCUCUUUUUAAUAAUAUUUUGUUUUAAUAUUAAUAGCAACAUGGUUUAUGGGUUUGGAGACUUGCAUGAAAAUAUUUUAGCCCGCUCAAAUGUU